AAUGUCAACACUUGUCAUCACUGUCAUGUCAAAAUGUCGGCGAUUUUGUUGGAUCGAAACAAACUUUUAUUUUUAAACUAAUUAAUGUUAGUCGCAAUUGUGCUACUAGGAUAUCAAAAAUAACCUAAAGCUAUGGCUAGAAGAUACCGCGAUGCUGCCGCAAAAUUACAGGAAAAUGUUAAAAAGCACUUGCAAACUAUAAAACAUGAGGUUUCGUCUUCGGAAGACGAAGAACCGUUUGAACAGAAUGUCCUGGACGGUGUGCUUCAAAGCUAUUGUAGGGGAGGUGGCGACACACGUAUGUUGGAAAGAACUAAGAAUCUUCUUGAAGAGGCGAUUAGUGGUAGGUCUAUUACUUGCUUAAUAUGUAUCGGUUCGAUAAAGCGGGUGGACGCGAUAUGGACUUGUGAACACUGUUAUUCCUAUUUCCAUCUUUCAUGUAUCCAGAAGUGGUCAAACGACAGCAUUAGCUUACGAAACGAGGAACACCAUGGCCCAAUUGCAGUGUUCCGUCCCAUGAAAAUUGAAUGGUGCUGUCCAAAAUGCAGACAUUCGUACGGUAAAGACGAAAUUCCUCGAAAGUAUCGUUGUUUUUGCUACAAAACUGAUGAUCCUGCCUACCAUCCAUGGUUAAUUCCUCACACUUGCGGAGAGGUUUGCGGAAAGAGGUUAUCUUUAGGGGAGAAUUGCAAACAUAAAUGCUUGUUGCUCUGUCAUCCAGGCCCUUGUCCCCCAUGUCCUCAGACAGUGAACAGAGUCUGUUACUGUGGAAAAGAAAAUAAGAGAGUCAGAUGUAGUGCAGCUUGCUGGUCAUGCCGUCAAAAAUGUAGGAAAAUACUGCCCUGUAAAUCACAUAACUGUGAAAUUGAAUGUCACGACGGUGACUGUCCACCUUGCAAUUACACAAGCUUGCAGUUGUGCCAGUGUGGAGCAGAGAAAACAAAGAGACCUUGCAACGAUCUAAUAUGGCAGUGUCAAAAACUUUGUUAUAAACCAUUUUCAUGUGGAUAUCAUAAGUGUGAGAAAUUAUGUCACUCUGGUAGUUGUGGAUCAUGCCCUCACUCUGGAAUUCGCUCUUGCCCAUGUGGCUCCAAUGAGUGCUUCAUACAGUGCCCUGAUGUUAUUGAGACUUGUGUCAGUACUUGUGGGAAAAAACAUGAAGAUUGUGAACAUAACUGCCCUGCAAAGUGUCACAAAGGUCCAUGUCCUCCAUGCCUUGUUUUAAUUGAAAAGAAAUGCCAGUGUUCGACGCAUACUCGGCCAUUGCCAUGCAGUAAAGAGUUCAGGUGUGAAACAAAAUGUAGAGGUACAAGACCCUGUGGUAAACAUGGAUGUGGACGUAAAUGUUGCAAUGGAAACUGCCCUCCUUGUGAGAAAAUCUGCCAUAAACCCCUUCAAUGUGGCAGACAUAAAUGCACUACAGUGUGCCAUCAUGGACCUUGCUAUCCUUGCCCAUUAGAAUCUAAAGUAACUUGCCGCUGUAAAGAAACAUUUAUAACAGUCCCAUGCGGUAGAGAAAAGCACACUAAACCACCAAAAUGUAAUCUUCCAUGUAAAAUUAAAUAUAAAUGUGGGCAUGCUGAAGAAAAUAAACAUACAUGUCAUUUUGGAGAUUGUCCAGCAUGUAAAGCAAUUUGUAACAAAACUUAUGAAUGUGGGCAUGACUGUGUGGCCACUUGUCACCAAAAUGUGUUGGUUGUAUUUAAACAAGUUGAAAAACCAGCUACACCAUGGGAAAUACAGCCUUCGAAAACCAAAAUUGUAAAACUGGAUUGCCCACCUUGUGUUACUCCAAUCUUGGUCACAUGCUUUGGAGAACAUGAGACAGAUUACCAGCCAUGCCACACAGCAACUCGUAGACCCUGUGGUCGCGAAUGUGGCAGACCACUGGCCUGUGGAAAUCACCAGUGUGAACUUCUGUGUCAUUUGCACGAAAAUAGUCCUGACUAUCCAAGUGUGCCUUAUACUUGCAAACCUUGCAAUAGGGAAUGCUUAAAAGUCCGCCCUGAGAAAUGCUUACACAAAUGUGCAAGACGUGGUUGUCACCCAGGUUCCUGUCCCCCAUGUGAGAUCUUAGAAAGAAUUUCAUGUCAUUGUAAAGUGACAGAAAUGUAUAUUCGUUGUAGAGAGAUUGCAACUUUAACAGAAGAAAUGCUAAGUUGUAAACAGCAAUGCCCAAAGAAUUUAGACUGUGGUCAUCGCUGCAAAAAGCUGUGUCACUCAGGAUCAUGUAAAGAUAGCCAAAUAUGCUUAAAGAAGACAAAAGUAAACUGCCCCUGUGGUUAUUUGAAAAAAGAAGCAUCAUGUAAGGCUGUUAGGAACUCUGAGAUACAAAUAAAGUGUGAUGAAAGUUGUGAGGCUAAAAAAGCUGCUGUUAAGUUGGAAAGGGAAAAAGAAGAAAAAAGAUUGAAAGAAUUGGAACUCGAGAAAAAUCGUAGAGAAUUAGAAGAGUAUGAAUGGAAACUGAGUGGAAAAAAGAAGAAAUACAAAGAGAAGAAAAUUGUUCUUAACAAGAAUGACAGAAGUUGGCUACAUAAAUAUUGGGUUCCUAUUCUGUCUAUACCAAUAGCUAUUAUAGCUGCUAUUUAUUACAUAUUUCAUCCUAAUAUUUGACUCAAUGCAGACUGAUUAUAUAUCAAUAGAAAUAAUGUGCAUUGUGUUAUUUAGAUACUAAAUGUUGAAACUUAAAGGAGCCUUACAUAACUAAUGUGUUCCAUCAUUCUAAAUGCUAUUUAUUGUUUUUACCUAGGUGUACCUAAUAUUAAGACUGUUAUCAUUGCACAAGAUACACUAUGUAUCCAGUUUCUAUUAUUUUUUGUUACUUAUUAAUUAGUUUUUUAAGUUUGAUUUUAAUUAUAAUUAUUAUUUCUGUUUUGAAUUUUGUGUGAUAUGUAGGACCGUUUUUAAUGCAUUUUAAGCAUAAUAAAGACUGGAUUCAUCGUUUUAUGUUAAUUACGAAUAAGCAUAUUCCCAUUGCUGUUUUUUUGAAGUUUUAUUCAUUUACAUUAUCAAAAUUAAUAAAAUUCAGUUCUACUAUAUGUAGAACUAUUUAACGUAAAUACAUUGGUAUAUUUCAUUGUUACCUUAUGUGAACAUGCUCAAUAAUCAUUACUUUGUAUUUUUUCUAAUUCAUAUGUAACACAUGUCAAGAUAGUUUACCUUUUGUUAGGUUCGGUAUAGUUAGGAGUAGAGAUCUUAGGUACAUCCGCUCACUUUACUUCCAGCGCUUCUGACCCAGCAGGAAUUCCUAUAAUAAUUACAGCUAAUUCGAGUAUUCAACACUGAUUACAUUGUUUAAUAUGCGAUCACCUUAAACAUGGAAAGACAAUACGGUGUUGAGGAGAGGUAAAUAAAAAGAACUUCAUUAUA